AUGACAGGAGCCAUCCAGCACGAUUUACCUAUUGUUGGUAUUGGGAUAGCUGUCGUAUCUAGCUUUAUUAAUGGAUCUACAUUUGUGCUUCAAAAGAAGGGAAUUUUACGUGCCCGUGAAAAAGGUGCUUCAUACUUGGCAGACUGUGUGUGGUGGAGUGGUACACUUGCAAUGAUUGUGGGCCAGAUAGGCAAUUUCAUCGCAUACAAUUCAGCUCCUGCAACUGUAAUUACACCACUCGGAGCCCUCGGCGUCCUUUUUGGGGCUGUCCUGGCUUCCUAUGUUCUGAAGGAGCAGCUGAACAUACUGGGGAAACUGGGCUGUGUGUUGUGCUGCUGUGGUUCUGUGGUGCUCAUUGUUCAUGCUCCAAAGUCUGAGAAUGUGACGUCAAGAGUUGUACUGGAAGAGAGGCUGAUGGAUUCAGUGUCCUUGAUCUACAUUUCAGUGGUGGUGUUACUACUGAUUAUAUUGAUUGGCUGGCUCGCUCCAGCCUACGGCUCAUCCAACAUCAUGGUGUAUGUGGGUAUCUGUUCCCUGCUGGGGAGCUUCACGGUGCCCAGUAGUAAAGGGCUUGGACUGGCAGCACAGGAUGCCUUUGGUGGGCCCCAUACUGACAUCAGAGCACUCUACCUCUUUCUGGGAUUACUGGGAACUCUUGCAGUUAGUAUCCUCAUUCAGUUCACUUUCAUCAACAAAGCUUUGGAGAACUUCAGCUCCAACAUGUUUGAAGCAAUCUACUAUGUGACUUUUAAUUCCACUGUCAUACUGGCCUCUGCCGUUUUGUUCAAGGAGUGGACAGCACUGGGUGUUGUGGACUGCUUAGGUAUUCUCUGUGGAUUCACCACUGUAGCUGUAGGAGUUGCAUUAUUACGAAUAUCCCAAGAAGCUUUACUCACCUGGAAACAAACCAAACUGGCAACGAAAAAGGAUUAG